CAUCACACUAAUAGGUUCAACGUUAACCACGGCUUACAACGGGUUAAGCCAGCAUUUUCAACUCUACUGUAGAAGUUAGAACAAUGACAUACUGGAUUACACUUGUUUUUAUAGCAUUCCUACUUAUAGGGGGCAGUAAAUGCAAACCAAUCCAGACUGACCGGAAAAACAAUGUUAAAGAAGGACAAAACAGCAUUAAUGGAAACCAAGGAACCACCACCGACGACAACAACAAAGACAACAACCUAAAAACAAAUUAUAGUCAAGAUGACAACCACAUAGCCUACAGUUACGACCAUGUGAACGGCAACCAAGAAAACAAUGGAAACAGUGGAAUAGUGGAUAGCGAGGAGAACAGUGGUUCAAAGGAGUACAGCAAGGAAGAUAACAACAACGAAAAGGAUAAGGACAGUGGUUCAAAGGAGACCAGCAAGGAAGAUAACAACAUCGAAAAGUUUAAGGACACUGGUUCAAAGGAGACCAGCAAGGAAGAUAAUAACAUCGAAAAGGAUAAGGACACUGGUUCAAAGGAGUACAGCAAGGAAGAUAACAACAACGAAAAGGAUAAGGACAGUGGUUCAAAGGAGACCAGCAAGGAAGAUAACAACAUCGAAAAGUUUAAGUACACUGGUUCAAAGGAGACCAGCAAGGAAAAUAACAACAACGAAAAGGAUAAGGACACUGGUUCAAUGGAGACCAGCAAGGAGGGUAACAACAACGAAAACUUUAAGGACACUGGUUCAAAGGAGACAAGCAAGGAAGGUAACAACAAAGAAAAGGAUAAGGACAGUGGCUCAAAGGAAACCAGCAAGGAAGAUAAAAACAAAGAAAAGGAGAACAGCAAGGAAGAUAACAACACCGACAAGGAUAAGGACAGUGGUUCAAAGGAGAACAGCAAGGAAGAUAACAACACCAAAAAGGAUAAGGACAGUGGUUCAAAGGAAACCAGCAAGGAAGAUAACAACACUGACAAGGAUAAGGACAGUGGCUCAAAGGAGAACAGCAAGGAAGAUAAAAACAAAGAAAAGGAGAAGAGCAAGGAAGAUAACAACACCGACAAGGAUAAGUACAGUGGUUCAAAGGAAACCAGCAAGGAAGGUAACAACAACGAAAAGGAUAAGGAUAGUGGUUCAAAAGAGACCAGCAAGGAAGAUAAAAACAAAGAAAAGGAGAAUAGCAAGGAAGAUAACAACACUGACAAGGAUAAGGACACCGGUUCAAAGGAGAACAGCAAGGAAGAUAAAAACAAAGAAAAGGAGAAGAGCAAGGAAGAUAACAACAGCGAAAAGGAAAAGGACAGUGGUUCAAAGGAAACCAGCAAGGAAGAUAAAAACAAAGAAAAGGAGAAGAGCAAGGAAGAUAACAACAGCGAAAAGGAAAAGGACAGUGGUUCAAAGGAGACCAGCAAGGAAGAUAAAAACAAAGAAAAGGAUAAGGACAGUGGCUCAAAGGAGAACAGCAAGGGAGAUAAAAACAAAGAAAAGGAUAAGGACAGUGGUUCAAAAGAGAACAGCAAGGGAGAUAAAAACAAAGAAAAAGAUAAGGACAGCGGCUCAAAGGAGAACAGCAAGGAAGGUAACAACAACGAAAAGGAUAAGGACAGUGGUUCAAAGGUGAACAGCAAGGGAGAUAAAAAAGAAAAGGAUAAGGACAGUGGCUCAAAGGAGAACAGCAAGGGAGAUAAAAACAAAGAAAAAGAUAAGGACAGCGGCUCAAAGGAGAACAGCAAGCAAGGUAACAACAACGAAAAGGAUAAGGACAGUGGUUCAAAGGUGAACAGCAAGGAAGAUAAAAACAAAGAAAAGGAGAACAGCAAGGAAGAUAAAAACAAAGAAAAGGAGAACAGCAAGGAAGAUAAAAACAAAGAAAAGGAGAACAGCAAGGAAGAUAACAACACCGACAAGGAUAAAGACAGCGGUUCAAAGGAGACCAGCAAGGAAGGUAACAACAAAGAAAAGGAUAAGGACAAUGGUUCAAAGGAGACCAGCAAGGAAGAUAACAACACUGACAAGGAUAAGGACAGCGGUUCAAAGGAGAACAGCAAGGAAGAUAAAAACAAAGAAAAGGAUAAGGACAGUGGUUCAAAGGAGACCAGCAAGGAAGAUAACAACACCAAAAAGGAUAAGGACAGCGGUUCAAAGGAGAACAGCAAGGGAGAUAAAAACAAAGAAAAGGAUAAAGACAGCAGCUCAAAGGUGAACAGCAAGGAAGAUAAAAACAAAGAAAAGGAGAACAGCAAGGAAGAUAACAACACCGACAAGGAUAAAGACAGCGGUUCAAAGGAGACCAGCAAGGAAGGUAACAACAAAGAAAAGGAUAAGGACAGUGGUUCAAAGGGGACCAGCAAGGAAGAUAACAACACCAAAAAGGAUAAGGACAGCGGUUCAAAGGAGACCAGCAAGGAAGAUAACAACACCAAAAAGGAUAAGGACAGCGGUUCAAAGAAGAACAGCAAGGAAGAUAACAACACCAAAAAGGAUAAGGACAGUGGUUCAAAGGAGACCAGCAAGGAAGAUAAAAACAAAGAAAAGGAUAAGGACAGUGGUUCAAAGGAGACCAGCAAGGAAGAUAACAACAAAGAAAAGGAUAAGGACAGUGGUUCAACUGAGACCAAUGAGACCAUUGAGGAGGAUGACAACACCGAAGAGGGCGAGAACAGUGGCUCAAAGAUGACGAGCGGAGAGGGCGAGAACAGUGGCUCAAAAAUGACGAGCGGGGAAGAUGACCACACUGGAGAGGGCGAGAACAGUGGCUCAAAAAUGACGAGCGGGGAGGGCGAGAACAGUGGCUCAAAAAUGACGAGCGGGGAAGAUGACCACACUGGAGAGGGCGAGAACAGUGGCUCAACGAUGACGAGUGGCGAAGGCGGCAAAAGCGGAGAGGGUGAGGGCGAGAACAGUGGCUCAAAAAUGACUAGCGGGGAAGACGACCACACCGGAGAGGGCGAGAACAGUGGCUCAACGACGACGAGCGGCGAAGGCGGCAAAAGCGGAGAGGGUGAGGGCGAGAACAGUGGCUCAAAGAUGACGAGCGGGGAGGGCGAGAACAGUGGCUCAAAAAUGAUGAGCGGAGAGGGCGAGAACAGUGGCUCAAAAAUGUCGAGCGGAGAGGGCGAGAACAGUGGCUCAACGACAACGAGCGGCGAAGGCGGCAAAAGCGGAGAGGGGUGA